AUGCAACGUAUUGCUGGACCAAGUGGUAGACAUUUGAUUCGAAUGGGUCCCGCAACAUUUGUAGAAUUUUGUCGAAUUUUAGCAACGGAAGGGGGGCUUCAUUCAACUCAACGAGCUACAGUUGAGGAACAAGUUGCUAAAUUCCUUUGGAUUAUAGGUCAAGACACUAGGCAUAUUGCAUGUUCAUUGCUUUUCCAUCGCUCCGGUGAGAUGGAUUGUGUUAGGGCAAUAGAUGGCACGCAUAUUCGUGUUAAAGUACCAGUUGUACAUGCUGCUAGGUACCGUGGUAGGAAGGAAUAUCCAACUAUGAAUGUUUUGGAUGCUUGCAAAUUUGACUUGAAAUUCACCUAUGUGUUGACUGGGUGGGAAGGAACUGCUUCUGACUCUAGGAUAAUGAAAAAUGCCCUCACAAGAGAUUAUCCACUCCAUAUUCCAACAGUUUAUGAUGGUCAACGGUGGUUCGGUUCAGACUACAAGGUGAGAAAGAUGAUAAAUGCAGUAGCCGAGUUAGCAUUUCAGUGCCUGCAAGGUCGAUGGAUCCGGAUUGGGCUGGAGAGCAAAGCGAGAACUUUACCUGGACCGGUAACCGACCCGGCCAAGCUUCCGAAGUGGAACUACGACGGCUCCAGCACGGACCAAGCUCCCGGUGAGACAUUCCACAUUCUUGAUGAACUGUAUUGUUUUUUCAGUCCUCAAGCCAUAUUCAAGGAUCCAUUCCGACGAGGAAACAACAUAACGGUGAUGUGCGAUGCGUCACACCGGCUGGCGAACCCAUCCCACAAACAGAGAUUAAUGUGGUGCAAAAUAUUCAGCCACCCAGAUCCUCGCGAGGAGCCAUGGUAUGGCAUUGAGCAGGAGUACACUCUCCUUCAGAAGGAUGUCAAAUGGCCCAUAGGAUGGCCGGUUGGUGGCUUUCCCGGUCCCCAGGGACCGUACUACUGCGGAGUAGGAGCUGACAAAGCCUUUGGCCGGGAUAUUGUGGAUGCCCACUACAAAGCUUGUCUCUAUGCGGGGAUUAACAUUAGCGGAAUUAACGGUGAAGUUAUGCCCGGCCAAUGGGAAUUCCAGGUCGGUCCUGUAGUUGGAAUCUCCGCCGGCGAUCAAUUAUGGAUGGCUCGGUACAUACUCGAGAGGAUCACCGAGAUUGCAGGAGCUGUGCUUUCAUUUGAUCCAAAACCAGUUCAGGGCGACUGGAAUGGAGCUGGUGCACACACCAACUACAGCACCAAAUCCAUGAGGAAUGAUGGUGGACUUGAUGUGAUCAAGAAAGCCAUUGAGAAGCUGGGAUCACGCCACAAGGAGCACAUUUCUGCUUAUGGAAAAGGCAAUGAGAGAAGGUUGACUGGUCGCCAUGAGACUGCAGAUAUCAACACCUUCUCUUGGGGUGUUGCCAACAGGGGAGCUUCCAUCCGUGUUGGUCGCGAUACCGAGAAAGCUGGAAAGGGAUACUUUGAAGACAGAAGGCCAGCUUCCAACAUGGACCCAUAUGUCGUCACGUCUAUGAUAGCAGAAACUACCAUUCUCUUAAAGCCUUGAGGGAAUGUGAAGCUCUGGGAAAGAGGAAUGAGGGAGAGGGAAGGAAAGCUAUCGAAAAUCUCUCUAGUGUGUGGUAUGCAUGUAUUUGGAUGAUUAGAUUUGGAAUUCAAAUUGUUAAUGGUUUCUUGGUCACUGAUUUUAGUUUUCGUUUCAUGGGAUACAACUUGUGCACAGAUUGUAUAAAACUUGGAUGAUUUUAUGUUCUCAUAAAUAAAAGUGUAUCUAGUUCGAUAA